GAAUUAUCAAAAAAUAAAUUUCAACUAAAUAUUUAAAAAAAUCAACGAUAUUAAAUUGCUGACCAAAUUUACCGUUGUUGCAAUAUAUAAAAAUAAAUAAAAAUGCAAAAUUCAAGUCCAAAUCAUUUGGAAGUUGAUGAUGUAUUGAUAUUGGGUGCCGAACAACAAUCACGACGCAAAUCACAAUUGAAUCUUAAUCUGGUUGGUUCUAAUUCUAAAUCUGAAUCAUACAAUCAUAAUUCAUAUACAAAUCGUGCUAUUAUGGCAUUUGUUGAUGCUGUUAGUAAAAUGAAUGACGAAGUUCUCGUACCAAGCCGUUUACGUGACAUUGAAGUUCGUGAAACUGAUGCUACAGAAUUGAUGCCAACAAAUUCUGAUCUAUAUUCAUUCUUCCAAAUGUUAAAUACAGUUAAAAACGAUUUGUUCAGCAGUUCUCUAUUUUUUAAAACAUUUCAACCGAAUCCAAGCGCUUCGAAUAGUGGACAGAAUAGUGGCCGUGUAACGCCAACGCAUUCGUUGAGUCGUCGAAGUUCAUAUUCAGUUGGUUCUAGUAAUGGUAUAAGCAAUUCCACAAUAACAAAUGGAACUCAAACAAAUGGUACAAAAAUCUCACCAACAUUAUUGUUGCCACCUACACAAUUUGAUCGGAAACUAUCAAGUCCUUGUCCAAUGAUGCAUUCAUCCAUGGACGACUCUCCAUCAGAUUUGCUAUCACCAUCAUUAUUGUUACCUUCAUUAUCAUUAAGCUAUGUUAGUCGUGCAACAAGUCUAUCAACUUUAUUGGCUGCAGCUGGCCAUACGUUUGAUGAUGGUAAUGACACAUCUGAAGAUCGCGUACAACAAAUUAUCGGAUGCUUUAUGUAUCAUUUAUCGGCAUUGUAUACAAUAAUGGGACAUUUAACUAAAGCCGCCAAAUAUAUUACUAAAAGAUAUCAGGAAGAAACAAACGAUUUGUAAUUUUCGAUCCAAUAUAUUGUUGAACAUAUCGAUUGAUUGAAGAAAAAAAACAAUAAACAUUUUGAUUGUCAAUAUAUUAAUCAAAUCGAUAAUAAUUUAUAAUUUAUUCUAU